GGGGGUUUAUGGAGAAAUUGGGUUUUGUUGGUUGAUAAAGAAUGGUGUUUCAUUGGUAGAUCUCUUUUGAGAGUACAGAAGAAUCGAUUCGUAUGUUAGAAUGCAUUAUGGGUUUUAAAGCAGGACUGUCUUGGGUUUUAAAAUUUGGGUUUGGUUUCAAUUUUUCGGUCUGAAGUGGAAACUCUCAAAGGCGAAAUUAUCUUAUUUUUUCGGAUUUUGCCCCAACGUUUUAUGAAUAAUAAUUGUUUCAGUAACUUUAGUGCUCUUUGGAGCUGAUACGUUUGGUGGGUUCUCCCAUGAUUCUGUGUUUCAACUGGUUUUUGUUGAAAGCUUGCAUUACACUGAUGCACAUUGCUUCAAUGUUAAAUGUUUUGAAAAAGCAUCAAUUCUGAUCAUCCACACUUGUUAUGUGUACUACAAUUGUUAAAUUUCAAAGGCAGUCUUCAAGAUUCACUUAUAGUUUGUUCAUCUGCUGUUUGUAGUUUGCAAUGUUUGGCGUUCUUAAAAUGUUUACUGAUACUUGCUUGUUGAUUGGAUCAUAAGUAUCAGUUUGUAUAUUUCCAAAAAUUGAGAUAGAAAAGCUGGUUCAUUGAGUUAAUUAAUAUAGAAGCCUCACAUAGUAUUCUAUUUUGUCUGUUCAUACAGCUUUGGAAACCUCUUACAAGAUUAAUUAAGGAACUGAUUUUUUGAACAAGGACACUAAAUGUGCUUUUGAAUUCCUCGAAUCCUUUAGUAAUAGUGAUUUCUUAUUAUAUAUGUUUCUAUUUGAAUUCUCUUUUCAGCAUAGCUUAGUUUUGAAAGUAUCAAGCCAUUAUUAUGUUUCUUUGUGCAUGAUCAAAAGCUAAUAUAAUAUGCCAUCCUCCCCAUAAUGUCAUGCACCUUGUAGCAUUUCAUGUCUCUAAGAAACUUCUGUUAAUAUGAUCUCUUUACCUUAAGUAUCUUCUUAACUCUGUUUCAUUUCCUCUUACAUGUGAUCGCAGCAGCACAGUUUCGUUCCAAGAUGGUUGCUCAGGGUUUUACAGUGGACUUAAAUAAACCUCUUGUCUUCCAGGUCGGUCAUCUUGGAGAAUCAUAUCAAGAAUGGGUUCACCAGCCUAUAGUGUCUAAGGAAGGUCCACGAUUUUUUGCUAGUGACUUUUGGGAGUUUUUAACACGCACAGAAUGGUGGGUAAUUCCGCUUAUCUGGCUCCCAGUUGUAAGUUGGUUCAUCUCAAAGUCCUUUUGGAUGGGACAUACACUUCCCCAGAUUGCCUUGAUGGUGGUAUUUGGUAUUUGUGUAUGGACAUUGCUGGAAUACACGUUACAUCGUUUCCUUUUCCACAUCAAGACGAAGACUUAUUGGGGAAACACCAUUCACUAUCUCCUUCAUGGUUGCCAUCACAAACACCCAAUGGAUGGUCUGCGGCUUGUAUUCCCUCCUGCUGCAACUGCGGUGCUAUGUUUCCCAUUCUAUAACUUGAUAAAACUAUUGUCUACUCCAACUACCGCACCUGCUUUGUUUGGAGGAGGUUUGCUAGGUUAUGUGAUGUAUGAUGUGACCCAUUACUACUUGCAUCACGGCCAGCCUACAAAUCAAGUUCCAAAAAAUCUUAAGAAAUAUCAUUUGAAUCAUCAUUUCCGUAUCCAAACGAAGGGCUUUGGUAUUACUUCCUCACUAUGGGACAAGGUAUUUGGAACGCUACCUCCUUCAAAAGUAGCUGAGAAAGCUAGAUGAUUUGAAGUGGAUUCAUCAUGAUAUUUCGGCAGUAAAUCACUCCAAGGGCGAAGUCUUAUCAAGAUUAUUAAUUUCUUUUCCCUUUUUUUCAUCCACGAAUAUUCAUUUAUUGUGCACGAUAGCUACUCUACGUUUAUUAGAAUGUUUGUAUGGUACCAACAGAGAUGUUAUGUAGAGAAUUAUGUACAAAACAAAGUUCUGAUCUUAAAUGGCAUCGUUCAGGUUUAGUUUCAGUUUUGUUUUUAAUCUCUUUUGUAAAGUUAUUAGCUCAAUAAUUACUUGGCAGAUUUUAUUUUCUUUA